AUGGCCUCCACAAGCAAGCCCGCCGCUUCUGUGGCAGCCCACGUUACCCAGUUACAGAAUCAGACUCCUGACGUUCAAGCCAUGAAGGAUGUUUUGGCUCGGCUCAAAGAGCUGCUUUCGGCACCAGGGUUUAACGCUCUUUCGGCGGUCUACAAUGAGAACACAAAGCUGCAGAAUCAGCUGCAAGCCAGGGACGAGGAUAUCAAGAAACUAAGAGAAGAAAUGGAGAAGAAGGAAAAGCAUAAGGAAAUAGCCAUGGAUGAGAUGUUUGCAGCAAAUGAAAAAGAGAAAAAUAAACAUAACAAAACAAUUGAACAGGUGAAAGAGCUCCAAACGGCCGCUGGCGAAAGUGAAAAACACCUCGCUGAGCAGCAGGCAGUGAUAAACGAACUUAAAGACAAACACGCGAAGCUCGAGUCGGACUAUGCAAGUCAAGCGGAGCAUCUUACUCGGGCCGACAAGGAUAUUGGCGACCUAAAAAAGACCCUCAAGGAAAGAGAGGCCUACAUUGACAAGCUGAAGGCAGCAGGGUCGGAACAGAAACAGAUACUCCUUUCACAAAAGAAGAAUAUUAAAGAAUUGGGAGAUCAAAUAUCCUCGUUAGAGGGGUCGCUGCAGGCUAAUCAAUCCCAACUGAGUAAACUGGAAGGGUUUGCAGUCGGAUAUCAGGAAAUUGACGAAGCUUCCAUAGUCAAUAAGUUUGACGAGCUUUGGAGUUUUGCCACAACGGAGAUACACUCCUGCUUGACGGAAGAUCUUUCCAGUAAGGCUCUCCAGGACCGCACAGCCUGGGAUCAUUUUAGGAAGUGGGCUGAUACUCUACGGCACCGUAUCCCACUCCCACACUCCAACUCCAGCGCGGCAAAGGAUAUGCGCCUAGUGUUGACUUUGGCUAUUCUUGCGAGAGAAAUCGACCGUCAGAUAUUCCAACCGACGUAUAUUUUCCCUGAAGAUAACCAGCUGCGAGAGAUUCUUGUUGACCUUGCUGCAACAGACAGUGAGAAAGAGCUAUUCUCUCGACGCUUGCUUCUUUCGAUCAAUCCGGAAGCACAGGCCGAGGCUGGCCGUUCCCGGAUUCAAGCAGUGGUAAGGAAUACAUCGCAAUGUUUUUUCAAGUUGCUUUCAGAAUCAAAGUAUGAGGAGUUUCGCCGGUGUAUAGAGAAAGUUGCCCAGAGAGCAGCAGAUUUCUGGCAGCCCAUUCAACGUGCCAAGAGCAAGUAUGAGCCAGACUUUGAACCAACGGAGUCCGGAGACCCUGAGUGGAAACCCUUUGUCUUCCCAGGCGGCCCUGAAAACGGCCCAGCUCCGGCGGAGAGUCGUCCAAGUGAUGGCGGCCAGGCAGAAGAGCUUCUUACAGUUUUUCCUUGUAUCUCUGCUAUUGAGAAUAAUGUUUGUUAUCCAUUGAAUACCGUCACCCAGGUCUGGAAACCGCUGCCGCAGUGCGCUGCCGCAGAGCAGGAGCUGGCACAAAGGCCAACUAAACCUACUGUUGGCCGAAUGGCAUCGAAUCGUGAGCGGAGGAGGUCUCUUACUGUUACCAGGGCAAGCAAUAUGAAUGGGAACCACCAGAAUGGGAAUUUUUUAGGUCAAAAGGCUGGCGCAGCGUAA